CUAAGAGGUCUGAGAAGGCAACAUGGUGGGCUCUGGGAUUCCAGCAUUGGGCCUUUUCCUGCUUAUGCAGGGCUCAGUAGAUGCGAGUGGAAUCCAGGGAUUCUUCUACCCAUGGAGCUGUGAAGGAGAUGUGUGGGACAGAGAGAGCUGUGGGGGUCAGGCAGCCAUCGGGAACCCCAACCUCUGCCUGCGCUUGCAAUGCUGCUACAGAGAUGGGGUCUGUUAUCACCAGCGUCCGGAUGAAAGCAUGCGCAGGAAGCACAUGUCAGCCUUGGGCUGGUCCUGCGGAGGGCUGCUCUUCCUGACCUCCAGCAUCUGCCUCUUCUGGUGGGCCAAACGCCGAGACAUGCUGCCUAUGCCGCAGAUUCUGCGGGGUAAAUGUGGCGACCUGUCACCAUCAGUCUCCCUGCUGUCCAAAGACAAGAGAGGGUCCGCAGCUGGCACACCAGUCCCUGGGCCCACGGAGGGGAUGGAUGCCUCAGGGGAAGGGGAAGUGACAGAAGGUGGAGGUGAAGAAACAGAGGGAGAUGAAGACGACUAG